AUGCUUUCGUCACUCAGAACCAUUCGCUCGUUGUUGCCCGCGAGAAGAGUAUUUGUUUCCUGCUUUUCUACGCUUAAUCCGGUCGAGCAAGCAUCUCGUACCGAAGAAGUGCGCAAUGUGCUCAACAGUGUAAUCGAGCCCUACACCAACAAACCUCUGAAAAGUCUAAACUGGGUUAAGAACAUCACACCCACCGAGCGCGGAGUUAAUUUUGAUAUUGAAACAGUUACAAAUGCAUACGUUAAGCGAGAUGAGUUGACGUUGAACUGCAGAGAGGCACUUCGCUCGAUUCAGUGGUUAAACCCGAUGGAGGUGAAUAUCAACCUCAAAUCGCAGCGUCCUUCCGCCCUCGUGACCGAUCGUCACAACAAGAUCGAGCACCUGAAGCACGUUAGCAAUAUCAUCGCCGUCAGCAGCUGUAAAGGAGGAGUAGGAAAAUCGACGGUCGCCGUGAAUCUCGCUCUGGCAUUGGAGCAGCUCGGAGGCCGUGUCGGAAUCCUGGACUGCGAUAUCUUCGGUCCCUCGCUUCCGAUUCUGCUAAAACACGAAAACGAUCGCAUUAUGGCGUAUAACGAAUCGUCCUGGCUGCCAUUCAAGCUGCAAAACAUGCUGUGCAUGUCGUUCGGCUGGAUGAGCAACAUGACCAGUUCGAACAUCAUGCGUGGCCCCAUGGUCAUGUCGAUCAUCGAGCAGAUUCUCAACAACACCAUGUGGGGCGACCUCGACUAUCUGAUCCUCGAUCUGCCUCCCGGAACCGGCGAUGUGCAGCUCUCUCUGUGUCAGAAGCUAUCGCUUUCCGGGAGUGUGAUCGUUACAACGCCGCAGAUCCUCUCCGUGGCGGACACCGAGAAGGGAAUCCGCAUGUUCGGCAAGCUGAAGGUUCCGAUCAACGCGCUGGUGGAGAACAUGAGCUUCUUCAAAUGCAAGCACGGCGAGACGUAUUAUCCGUUCGGUGGGGAUUGGGGAAGAAUCACGACUUCAGGAACCUCCAAUCGAGACAGACUGCAGAAGCAGUUCGCGAUCAAGAACACGUUCUCGCUGCCGAUCGAUUUGUCGCUCUCGAAAAGCGAGGAAUUGCCGGUUGUGGUCUCGCAUCCCGAAUCUCAGGUGAGCGAUAUCUUCAACAAUCUCGCGGAAUCGGUGCGGAUUCGAGUGAGUGCUGACGGCUAG